CCUUUCAUUGUUUUUCUUUUCUCCAGAUAUUUGAAAGCCCUUUACAAUGGAAGAUAUAGAGGAUUUGUUUCAAGAUGAUGGAGAAGUGUUGGCACCAAGGUAUCGUAACUCCGUAAUCCCAAGAGUAAGACAUCGCAAGAAAGCAACACAUCAAGAGAAUGGAGAGUGUGAAGUUACAAAUUACUGUGACAGCAUCAUUCCUGGAACACAGAAGAUAUUUGUGAAAACGUGGGGUUGCGCUCAUAAUAGCUCUGACAGUGAAUAUAUGGCAGGACAGUUAGCAGCAUAUGGAUACAAAAUUACAGAGGAAAAAAUGGAGGCUGAUCUUUGGCUCCUCAAUAGUUGUACAGUGAAAAACCCAGCAGAAGACCAUUUUAGAAAUGAGAUCAAAACUGGAAGAGAUGCUGGUAAAAAAGUUGUAGUAGCAGGUUGUGUACCACAAGGUGCUCCUCGUUCAGAAUUUCUCCAGGGCUUAAGUGUUGUUGGAGUACAACAAAUAGAUCGCGUUGUUGAAGUAGUGGAAGAAACUCUGAAAGGUAAUUCUGUAAGGCUUCUUGGACAGAAGAAACAGGGUGGAAAGAAGCAAGGUGGGGCAUCUCUUCUUUUACCCAAAGUUAGACGAAAUCCUCUGAUUGAAAUUAUAUCAAUAAACACAGGUUGUUUGAACCAAUGUACUUACUGCAAGACCAAGCAUGCAAGAGGAGAACUUGGAUCCUAUCCAAUUGAGGAAAUAGUUGCUAGAGCGCAACAGUCUUUCAACGAAGGUGUUUGUGAAGUUUGGCUCACUUCUGAAGACACUGGUGCAUAUGGGAGAGACAUAGGUGUCACGCUGCCUGAAUUGUUAUGGAAAUUAGUUGAUGUUAUACCAGAGGGUUGUCGGUUACGAUUGGGCAUGACAAAUCCUCCCUAUAUAUUAGACCAUUUGGAGGAGAUGGCCAAGAUUAUGCAACAUCCCAGAGUUUAUGCAUUUUUACAUGUUCCUGUCCAGUCAGGGAGUGAUGGUGUCCUUGGAGAUAUGAGAAGAGAAUACACGGUUAAAGAUUUUCGCCUUGUAGUUGAUUUUUUGCGUGAAAGAGUUCCCGGAAUUACUAUCGCUACAGACAUAAUUUGUGGCUUUCCCACAGAAACUGAGGAAGACUUCAAACAGACCAUUGACCUAUGUAGCAUGUAUAAAUUUCCAUCUCUUUUCAUAAAUCAGUUCUAUCCACGUCCUGGAACACCAGCAGCAAAAAUGAAGAGAAUACCCACCAAAGAGGUAAAAAACCGAUCAAGACAGCUUACUGACGUUUUUCAGUCAUACCGGCCAUAUGAUCACAAGCUAGGAGAGAAGCAAGUUGUGCUUGUAACUGAAGAGGCUCAUGACAAAGAACACUUGGUUGGGCACAAUAAAUACUAUGAACAAGUAUUGGUACCAAAAUGUGAUGAAUAUUUAGGUAAGAUGGUUGAAGUCGAGAUUAUUGAAACUGGUAAACAUUACAUGCGUGGUCGUCCUAUUGAUACAUCAAAGCUCAUAUCUCCUUCUUUACAAGAGCCUUUACCAAAGGGAACAGUGUCCGGCUUAUCACAUUUAGUAUGUACUGAAGAAGAAGCAAAGAAACAUAAAUUAAAAGAAGAAUUAGUUAAACAGGAACGAUACAUUAUUCUGAGUUUUAUACUGUUAAUUUCAGCUUUGUUGGUUAAGCUAGUUUGGGUAUGCUUCAAAAUGAUGAAGAGUAUUUGAUUAUUAAUAAUUUAUUAGUUUUUGCUGUUGUGUUUUGCUGUGUAGAAACAACGGAAAGUUCAUUUUAUAUGACAAAGCUUGAUAAUUUUUGUAAAAUACAAUAAUAAUAUAUAAUAAUUAAUAAA